CAGCGAUGGCAUCUGCUGAUCUGAGGAAGGAUCUGGAAUGUUCCGUCUGUCUGGACUUUUAUGCGGAUCCCGUAACCCUGAAAUGUGGACACAACUUCUGCCGGGACUGUAUUGGCCGUGUGUUGGAUACACAGGAGGGGUCUGGAGGAUAUUCCUGUCCUAAAUGUAAGCAAUGGUCCAAGAGACGUCCCGUCCUUCAGAGGAAUCUGAAACUACGUAACAUAGUGGAGAACUUCCCAUCUACCCAUCCAGAUCAGGAGGACAUUCGGGUCUUCUGUACUUACUGUAUUCACACUCCUGUACCGGCUGUGAAAUCCUGUCUGAUGUGUGAAGCUUCUCUGUGUGACAACCACCUGAUAGUCCACAGCAAGUCACCAGAACACGUCCUAUGUGACCCCACCACUUCCCUUGAGGACAGGAAAUGCUCCGUCCAUAAGAAGAUCCUGGAGUAUUACUGCACUGAGGACUCCUCCUGUAUCUGUAUGUCCUGCAGGGUGGAUGGAGAACAUCGGGGACACCAGGUGGAGACUCUGGAGGAGGCCUCUGAGAAGAAGAAGAAGAAACUGAGGAAUGUUCUGCAGAAACUGAUGACAGAGAGAGAGGAGACGGAGAAAAGAGUCAAGAGUCUGCAGGAACGCAGGAGGAAAGUACAAGGAAAAGCAGAUGAUGAAACCAAGAGAGUCACUGACCUGUUCAGAGACCUCAGGAGACGUCUGGAAGACCUGGAGAAGAGAGUCCUGAGGGACAUCUCUGGGUGGGCAGAACGGGUCUCCUGUCCCAUGUUGGAUUAUAUUCGGGAUCUGGAAAUAAAGAAGGAGGAGCUGUCCAGGAAGAUGAGGGACAUUGAGGAGCUGUGUAACAUGACGGAUCCACUGACUGUCCUACAGGAAUCAGACACAGGUGACUUGUGGGAUACUGAGGAUGGAGAUGAUGAGGACAGAGAGAGACAUGAGAACCUCCUCCAUGAUGGAGGGGAUGUGGUGGGGAUCUCACACACAUUACACACGGGUCUAUCUGAUAUC